GGGGCGUGGUUUCACAGGAAUAAAUUAUGUGGACCAGGCCGUGAGGUUUUGCAAAAAAAUAAAUAAAAAAAUCGCAGUGCUUCGAUAAGAAUCAGGGAAAAAAAAGGUUGAUCUAUGGUUGGAAAAGUCAGGACAAAAUCAGCAAAAAAAAUGUCUUCUGACAAAGCGAGGCCACCCAGAAAACAUCGUAGAAUUGACAAAGUACCUGUAGCCACAAGAGGAGAUCCCCCAGGCUCCUCCAGAGGUCGUCGGGGAGCUCGUGGCGGUCGGAGACGUGGUUCCAAAGUGUCCACCAGUGAAGAUGAGGAGAUAGUUGUCCCUCAUAUCGAUAAUGACCUUCUCAUCCAGCUGGUGGAGGCGCGGCCCGCCCUAUGGGACCACGGCGACCUCCAACAUGCUGACUAUCAGCACACCCAACGGCUCUGGGAAGAGGUGUGUGCCACGCUGUUUCUGACCUGGGAGGAUCUCUCAAGAGUGACUCGGCGCCAAUCUAUUAAAAAGGUUCAGAUUAGGUGGCAGUCAAUGAGGGACUGCUUCAAGAAAGAUUACAUCAAAGCUCGGCCCCAAUACCGAUAUCAUGCGGCCUUGGGGUUUCUACGCCAGACGCUGGCUUUAAGAUCAGCUAGCAGCACUCAAGAGUCUGAAGCAGUCCCUGAACCGAACGCCACCUCCAGCCCCUCUGAUCAUGACACUGCCGGUCCCCUACUGGGUCCUUCUGGCGACCGGCCCCGGGAACAGAUUAUCUCCACUUCCUGGACAAGUCCAAGUCGCCAGAGGACCUGUAGGCGCCGUCAGGGGGUGUAUGAGGACCGUUGCCGACACCUUGCAAGGUUUUACAGAGGACAUCAGGUCCAUGAGGGCUUACACGAUGCGAUGCCUGGAGAGGGCGGAGUCAUCGCCUGAACUUAGCCCUUCCCAUCAUUACCUGUACUAUUUGGUCCCCAUGAUGGACCAAAUGAACCCUGAGCAGUUGCAUGAAUUCAAGUUGCUGAUCGAGAACGGGAUCUGGGAAAUAAUGCACCGUCCCCCACCCCAGUCCUUAUCCCAGCACCCAUCCCUGUCCGAUCUCCCUGAGCAGCCGCCGCCUUUUUCUUCUACUCCUUCUCCUCACUUUGUACCGCCAGCUUCUUUCCCCACUCCUACACCUGCUCGGGAAAGUUCCUCACCAUCCAACUCCUCUUCCCACCACAACCCACAAUUUCCUCCUGCAUCCUUCCCCAGAGCCCGUGAUGUUUUAUCAGGCGGCUUGACCGACAACUGAGGGGCUAACCUUGCCGACCCAAGAGCGUCCACCCCCCCACGACAGUUCAAUCGUCUGUAGUUUUUUUUUUUGUG